GCCCGGCGCUAGCGCUCGUUACGAGAAAAUACAGCUCGCUUGUAGCCAGUUGCCAGCGCUAGGCCGCCGCUUCUUCUUUCCCUCUUGAUCCCGUGCGUUCCGCACCAAAUCGAGUACUUCCCGCGCCAAAUCUUCUUCUUCCCGCGCUAAAUCGACCUCUCCCGCGCCAAUCUCCACUCCAUCCCCUCAAAUCGGACCUCCUGCACCAAAGUCUAUCCAAGGACAGCAAAAAUCGCCCCCAAAUCGCCUCAAGAACCCUAGAAGCCAAGCCCGGCGGCGCCCGUUGCGAGAUGGGUGGAAAGUCCAAGAGGACAACGGCGCCGACGCCUCUGGAGUUCCCAUGGUCGUCCGGUCAGCCUGUCCGGCCUCCAACGGCCGCAUCUGUCCCGCCGUCGAUGGCUGCGUCCGUCCCGCCGCCAACUGCUCAACCUGUUCCGGCCAUCCCUUCCAUGUUUCCGCCCGGCGUCUGGUUACCACCACGCCCGCAGCAGUCCAUAGCGACCUCCUCCCCACCAUGUUGGGUCGCCGGAGUACAUCAACCAGGUAUGGCCGGUUCAUCAGCUCAAGGCUCUUGGUGGAGACCGCCCGCUGAAAGUGGAUGUUCAAUACAACCUACACUUCCAGCCGAGAAUCUUGAGGAGUACGAUCCGCAAGCAUGGACUGAAAAACGCUUGACAUGGACAAAAGAGGAGGAUCUUAGAUUGGUUAGCGCUUGGUUGAAUAAUUCAAAUGACCCUAUCCAAUCAAAUUACAAGAAGAACGAGCAAUAUUGGAAAGAGGUUGCUGCUGUUUACAAUAGUACCACCCCCAAAAAUAGGGCAAGGCUAGUCAAGCAAGUGAAGGAUCGCUUUGGGAGAAUUAAGAAAAAGGUUGCAUGGUUUUGUGCGAGUUGGAAGGAGGCUAAUGCUUUGUAUGCUAGUGGAGAAUCUGAUGUAGAUUUAAAGAAGAGGGCAAUGCAAACUUAUGAGGAAGAUCACAAAGGAGAUGGUCCGUUUAUGUUUGAGCAUUGUUGGGAGUUUCUCAAAAAGCAACCAAAAUGGGAUGCAUAUUUGGAACGCCUAGAAGAUCUGGAGCCAGAAAAGAGAAAGUUUAGCAUUGAUGAUGAAGUGGGGCAGCAUUUUACUCUAGAUGAUGCUCGAGAUGAACGACCACCGGGUGGCAAGCAAGCUAAGGAGCAGCGGAAACGAAAAAGAAAGGAUGAAAGUUGCAUAAUAGAUCUUGAAGAUGAGCUUAGCAAGUUCGUAGAUGCUCAGAAUGCAGCAAAUGAGGGACGCAAAGAGAUGUUAGAGACACAAAGGCGUGUGUCUAGUGAAAAUCUUGAAGCUCGGAAGCUUGCAUGCCUUGCAGCAAAAGAUCACAAGGAGUCUGUCAUGCUAGAGACGUACCGAUCGUUGAUGAUGCAAGACACAACUGGAAUGCCUGAAGAUGUGAGAUCAGAGCACGUGUUGGCAUUGAAGUGUUUUAGGGAGAGGUUAUUUGGCAAAACUGACUAAGUGCUUGAAGGUUGUUGAUGCAAAUGGUUAGCUGCUCCUUUCUACCAAACUUUCCAACUGUGGCUUUGUGCCUUUACCAUCAUCAAGAUCAAACUACUAUCUUAUUUGCUGGAGACCAUAUUUAGUAUUUUGUUAGGCUAAUGCUUUCUUAAAAAGAGUCAUGUAAUGUUGAAUUGUUGAUGUCAAGGUGCGGUGUGUCAUUAGUCUCUUGCUCUUUUUCAUCAAAAUCAAAAUUAUUUUCUAGUCAGUAUGGUGCUAUGUAUCAUUUGUUUGGUGCUUGCUUGUUAAUCAGUUUCCCUUUGUAUAUC